ACACCUUUCUUGGUUCUUCCUCUACUCCCUCUCUCUCUCUCCAUUUUCGCCUUUUUCUCGGUUUCCUAUUUACAGUGAUAUGAGCAAACAACAGACAGAGACAUAGCUAAUACAUUCUUAAACCUAUUUGAAUGAUGGUUUGGACCUUCGGUCCUCCCAUCUCCUCCUUGUCUAUCUCUCUCUUCUUUGCCUUCUGCCAUUCCUUGUCGAAAACAACAAGAAACCCUUCUCUUUUUGCCCCCAUUGAAUGCAAACCCAUGAUCCUCUACAUGUAAUCCCACAGUAACUCCUCCGAACCUGCCUGAUCUCCCCCACAACCAUGUCCCGAGAGCCCGCCCCUUCUCCGAUCCCCAACGACCGAUCCCCCUCACCGGAAAAUCACACCCCCAACCACAAUUCCCGUAAUGACGCGCCAGUAGCCCAGAACGACACCGCCGCCACCACUCCUACGCCUCCCGUUAAUAGGAGUAACCGGCCGUCGCGGGCGUGCACUAUUCGAGCCGCUGCUAGGCUCCACGCUGCGGCGGCCUCCGCGCCGGCGGCUAAGCCAAAGAAGAAAGAGCAGCGGCACGAUGAGUCGCCGCAGCAGAAAGAGCAAUGCAGCAAGAUCGUCACGCAGCUAGUUGGGCCGCCCCCGCCGUCUCAAUUGCCGCGGUGGACUAUCCGGUCGAUGUGGGAGUUGGCUUCCGUACUUAAUUUCUUGCAUGUAUUUAGGCAUCUUCUGAAUAUCUCGUUGGAGUUCUCUGCCGAGGAGUUCGAGACUGCAUUGAUUACGCCGAAUGAUACUUUGAGUGACAUUCAUAUGCCGUUAUUGAAGGCGAUUCCUCCUGUUACGCGAAUGGCACUUACACGAGACACCUGGGUCACCGUUUUAUGUAGAAAACUGAGAGACUGGUGGCAUUGGGUUGCAGAUGGGGAAUUACCCAUUGUUGCUUCUCAUGGAGUGGAAGUCGAAGUAUAUAAAACGCUUGAUCCUGGGCUUCGUGUGGUCAUCUUGAAAGCACUCUGUGACAUUCGUGUUGAGCAAGAAGAUAUCAGGAACUAUAUUGACAACUCUCUUAAACAAGGUGUUCAACUUUCAGCAUUUCGCAAAGAACGUACGGGGGGUGAUUCACAUGGAAUUUUUUACUGGUAUGAAGAUGAUCCUAUAAUUGGCCAUCGUUUAUAUCGGGAGAUAAGGAAAGCCGAGGUGAAGAAAGCAAAGACAAAGGGUUCCCAGGUUCCUUCUAAUGUAUCGUACCAGUGGGAAACAGUGGCAACCAAUUUAGAUGAAUUUCAAGAUGUUUCUGAAAAGCUUUUCUCAAGUAAGAAUAGAACAGAGGCAUCGCUAGGAAAAAGGUUGAAGAUAGAUAUGCUUCCUGAGAUUGAGAAGGAUCAUAAGAGGAAAGAGAGAUUGCUGAAAAAGCAACACAGACAAGCUCUUCUUCUAGAUAAUUUCUUGAGUGUGGAUGGGCUUGCUCCAGGGCGCUCCCUUCGUGACAGAAAACCAGUCACCUACACAUUUGAUGAUUAUGACCGAUCCAUAAAUGAGGCUAUCAAGAUCACUAAACGGAAACAGCCAUCACCAGACCCUCUACACAGAAGCGAUAUGGUUGUGAAACCUGAGGCUUCUACAAACGGUAAAUGGAGCAGCCCUUCACAUGCUUCUCCACAUGUCAAUUUCAGUGCGCCAUCUCCCACAUCACCUGAUUUUGAUGAUGCCCAGGACGAGCAUAAAACAGACCCAUUGGAUCGAAGCAAUCGGCGGAGACAAAGACCUCAAAGGUAUUCAGUGAAAGAGUUUGUUGAAGCAGUUUCAGAUAAUGAGGCAGAUUAUGAUAGCGAUGAAGAUAUAGUUGGGGAGGCUGUUUAUGAUGAUGAGUAUCUGAGGAAGCGUAAAGAGAGGAGGAAGGAUUCAAGUAGUUCUGAAGGAGAUGAGGAGUAUCAUUGGGAUGGAGAUAAUGCUGAAGAAGAGGAAGAAGAAGAAGAAGAAGAAGAAGAAGACGAAGAUGAUUCCCCAAGUAGUGAGGACAGUGACGAGCCCCGAAAAUUUAGAAAACUUCCAGGUCGCACUAGGAGGGAAACAAAACUAAGGUCGGUUGAUGAGCUCCAGUCAGGUCUAAGACGCAGUAAGAGGGCCACUAGAAAUCGUAUCAACUACCGACAGUAUGACCUGUCAGAAUCAGAAACAGAGUCUAUGAAACCUGAGAAGUCAAAUGUAUCAGAUGCACACUCAGAUGCGAGUGAAAAUGGGGAUUAUUCAAUGGAAAGUCAGGAAUCUGAUGGUGAUGAUAAUGACCAGGAAAUGAAAGUUGAUCAGCCUGUUGAAGCUUACACUGAGGCAGUAGAGAAAGAGCAAAAGCAGCCACCUGAGAAAUCAAAUAGCCCCGGCCAUGAUGAAAAUGAGGGUGUGCAGAAAAGACGUUUUCUUGACCUAAAUGAGCUUGCUCCUGGCUCUGGUUUUGAUGAUGGUCCAAACACGGUAAUAAAUGAUGAAGAUACAGAUGACUUCUAAAGUUUCCCCUGCUGGAAAGCUUGGGGGUUUGUUUUUUCCCGGGGAACCUGUGUACGAUAGUCAAGUUCAUAAAUUUUGUGAUGAGCCCAAGGAGGAAGUUACUGUCAGAAUUCUUCUUUGGUGUAAUUUUAGCAGCUACCUUGUUGGGUGAUAUGCUGCGGGAAGCAAUGUGAUGCUGAGAGUUACAUAGAUUAGGUAAUUAUUUUUUAGUACUUCUAGAUUCAAAGAAACCUUCGACAGAUGAAGCAGGAAAUUGUUCGGAGUCGGGUAGUUCAUCCAAUCAAAUGUACAAUAAUCUCUUUAACUAAAAUAUUGUAACUUAAAAAUUUGGCCUAUUAGAUAUGUUCGAGCCUUGUAGUUUCGCUCUGAUGCUGGUGACAACGAUCUGCCUGUGGAGUACUUGGGUUGGUUGGGUCCUGUUGAUAAAGCAAUCAGGUUAGAAACUGUUGUGUUUUAUUGUAAUGGAACCAUCCUCCCUCAAAAGAUCACUAACUUGUAUCUCUA